AUGUUGCGGCGUUGCUCUAAACAUUUGCAGACUUUAUACCGGAGGCAGGGUCAGAGCCUCCGGUACAGGUCCACCGAAGUGCCCAAGAUUUUAGGUGCUCUGCCUCAAGCGAGGCUAGUCCACGCCAGAGUCAUUACCUCUCAUAAUCAGAUUGCUUCAAUCCACUUCACAAGACCGUUGUACGAGGAACAGGAUGUUAUGACGCCCGGAUUUCCUGACUCAGUGUCUGAAGGUGACGUCAAACUUGAUAAGAAAGUUGGGGAUGCUGUAGCGGCUGACGAAGUAGUUCUGGAGAUUGAAACUGAUAAGACCGCAAUUCCUGUCAUGGCUCCAGCCCAUGGAGUCAUAAAGGAGCUGUAUGUAAAUGAUGGAGACACAGUAAAAGCUGGCCAAAAGUUGUUCAGGUUGGAAAUAACUGGUGAAGCGCCGAAGAAGGCAGCAGCGGCUGCUCCAGAACCACCUAAAGCGGAAGCCCCGCCAACUCCACCACCAGCAGCGGCUACUCCACCACCUCCGCCUUCCCCACCGUCAUCUGCUCCAACUCCUCCACCUCAAGCCCCGCCACCACCUAAAGCUACUCCUCCUCCACCAGCUGCUCCAAUCUCAUCCAUCCCAGUAGCAGCGAUCCGCCACGCUCAAGCUAUCGAAACUGCUACAGUUAAGGUCCCACCAGCGGACUACUCGAAAGAAAUCUCUGGCACCCGAACCGAGCAACGCGUGAAAAUGAACAGGAUGCGUCAGCGAAUUGCACAGCGUUUAAAGGAAGCGCAGAACACCAACGCCAUGUUGACCACAUUCAAUGAAAUCGACAUGUCCCAUAUCAUGGCCUUCCGUAAGAAGAACCUAGAUGCUUUCACCAAGAAACACGGUGUGAAACUUGGACUCAUGUCGCCGUUCGUGAAAGCUGCUGCCAAUGCUUUAAUGGAUCAACCUGUAGUCAAUGCAGUUAUAGAAGGAAACGAAAUAAUCUACCGCGAUUACGUAGAUAUCUCUGUAGCUGUUGCUACGCCAAAAGGCUUAGUUGUUCCGGUGAUCAGGAAUGUUCAAACUAUGACCUACGCUGACAUCGAGUUGACUAUUGCCGGCUUAGCGGAGAAGGCCCGGACAGGUAAGUUAACUGUCGAAGAGAUGGAUGGUGGUACUUUCACUAUCAGCAAUGGUGGCGUAUUUGGGUCCCUCAUGGGCACGCCCAUUAUCAAUCCACCUCAAUCUGCGAUUUUGGGAAUGCACGGUAUAUUCGAGCGGCCUAUAGCAUUAAAUGGUCAAGUUGUUAUACGACCAAUGAUGUAUAUUGCCCUCACUUAUGACCACAGAUUAAUUGAUGGCCGUGAAGCUGUGUUGUUCCUUAGAAAGAUCAAAGAAGGAGUGGAAGACCCGGCGACGAUCCUUGCCGGACUGUAA